GGCUGUGGCUUGGGAGGCGGCGAUGUUCUCGGUUCUGUGUACGGCCGCCUGGUGGCCCGGGUCCUACUGGACGGCCCUUCGCAGACCGACCCCCGGGCGGGCGGCGGCGGGGACUACGGGCUGGGGACGGCCGGCCGCGGCUUCGGCAAGGACUUCCGCCAGGGCGUCUGCUUACGGGGACGCCGCCCGCCUCGUGGCCCGCCAUCGGCCCGCCGACGUGCUGGAUGAAUCUCCUGUAACAACAUAAUGGGACAAUGAGGUUGAGAAGGAUAUGCAACUGCAAAUGUCAGAAGCUCCAGGGCCAGCAUCUGUGGCUCCUAUUGCAGAGAGAAGCACUAGCAGUGUUCCAAGAGAAGUCCCUCCAAAGAUCAGGACUGUGUUGAGAAAGCGAUUCAAGUCAAAAAAGUUUCAGGUUUUCGUUGUGACCCUGGUAUUGGUGGAUAUCAUAAUGGUGUUUAUGGAAGCGUUGCUAGACUUGAAAAUCUUAGAACCAGAUAAAAAGAAUUAUGCUUCCAAGGUGUCCCUCCUUUUGAGUACUGCUAUUAUGAUCAUAUUUAUGAUAGAAAUGAUAUUAAAAUUAUAUACCUUCUGCAAGGAACUCUUCUACUACAAGUUUGAGAUCCUGGAUGUUGUUGUUGUUAUUAUUUGUUUUUCUGUGAGAGUCAUUAUUAUACUCAAAGGACAUUUCUUUGAAGCCCUUCAAUUAUUGAUCCUUCUCCGACUUUGGCGGGUAGUUAGGAUUGUGAAUGGCAGAGUUGUUUCAUCCACGUCACAUUCUGAACAAAAACUCUCAAAGCUGAAAGUAAUAAAUCAUCAACUGACUAUGAAAAUUCAGGAACUUGAAUUGAUCUGCAGUGAAAAGGACCAAGAAAUUUUAAGUCUUAAAAGGUUCUUGAGAGAUCAUGGACUUCCUGAGUAGCCGAACCAUGCGAUAUUUGCCUAACCACAUGGAGAGGACACUUAUUUGACAGAAUGGCCUUUUGUACUUGUCAGUGAAGCACCCUAGUUAUCUCCAGGAUCAUUUUUGGAAUGGCUUCAUUUAACUUGUUCUCAGGUCUGAUUAUGUCCAGAUGUUACAUACUAAGAGCUGCCUUUUGUCCUUGGUGUGACAAGAGACUUCCUUUGUAACAAAUGUUUCAUAAAGUAUUUUUUCUCAUUUUCCCAACUUUAACCUUGCUUGAAAUUGAUUGCUAUAACUGGAUGGGUUCGUGCAAAAUUUAAUUUUGUCAAAUGUAUGCUUUCAAAAUUGUUUCAUAUAUUUCAGCCCUGGUUCCCUAGUUAUGGACGUUCAGAAAGACAAAAGCAAUAAACAAAUUGAGCAGAUCAGAAAGGCGAAACGUGUUCUGUUGCUUACAAGUGAAUCCCCACAGUUUGGGCCUUUCUCUGGAUGUUGUCCAGAUCCCUCUGUAGCAACCAGCUGCAAAAUUCAGUCUAAACUUAAUUGUAUUUACUCAUGCCUCUGUGUGACAUUUGCUGAAGCUACCACACAAUUAAUGUCCAUGGGAAACUGCCUGCUUUGCUUGAGCCCUCCCACUAGAUUCUCUUGCUACAACAGUGAUGAACUCUUAAUGAUCUACCUCCAUCCUGUAGCAUCCCAGGAGUGUUCCUGGGCUGGGCUUGGGAUGGCACAUAGCAAUUAGAUCAAAGACUAGACUGCAAUUAAUGGGGUAUUUGAGGAAGGUGCUUUUCUUUAACCUUUUUUGUAAUGCUUCUAAUAUUUCUGUAUAAUAUUUUACUAUUUUUGUGCUCAUUUGCAUAUGGAAGUUAAAUGAAGAAGAGGCUAAAUUGAACAGCUAUUGCUUUUGAAGUCAUUUUUAUUUAUAAAGCAGUAGGAUGAAUUAAGGGGUUGGAUUUCCUAAGAAAUAAAGGAAAGAGGCACUUAGGUGGCACUCUGCUAAGCAAUUUGAAAGUUGUAUCUCUCAUUUAAAACCCUGUGAAUAAGGCGUUAUUAAUAUCUUUUAUUACUGAGGAAACCAAGGCAGAAAGAGAUUAAAUGUCUAGUCCAGGCUCACCCAGCGAGUGAGGCUGGAGUUGAACCCUCAUGAGCCCGGCCCAGCAUGCAGCCACUGCACCACCAGCCGCCUCUGCUGAAGACAAAUCUACAAAGAGCUUUGUCCUAAACACAUUUUCUCCCACAGUCAGGAGUCAGUUGGGACAGGAAGGCUGAAGGCUGGAGGGUUGGCCAGAACCUGGCUGGACUCUCCCUUCAUUCUGAAGCUGCAAGGUCACCUGGCCUUGCUCCCAGCUGGGAAGCAUCUUUGACAGGGGGUCAAGGAGACUUUGCAUAAACCACUUUCUGAGAUAUUCCAGUUGUGGCUACCUGAUUGUCCAGAAGGUGACUUUAGGCUGAGCUACAGUCUGCCUCUGCACCCUCCACCCAUUGCUCCUAGCUUUGCCCUCUGGAGCCAGAAUAAAUCGUAUCCCCCCCCUCUACAAAACAAUCCCGUGGCUGUGAAAAGAAAGCAAUCAUAUCUGUGCGGCCCCUCCCCCCCAACCUCUCCUCUAUUUUCCAGACUCUUGAUGUCUACUUCUUUCAACUAAUUAUUGUAUGGCACGGUUUCCAGGCAGGGGAUCGAAUUCUGGACCUGGUGUCAGGAAGAUUCAUCUUCCUAAGUUCAGAUCUGGCCUCAGAUACUUUAGCUGUGUAUCCUGCGCACUUUAUUCCACCCUGUUUGCCUCAGUUUCCUUAUGUGUAAAAGGCACUGGAGGAGGAAAUGGCAAAGUGCUGUAUCUCUGCCAAAAAGACUAUAAAUGGAGUCACGAGGUUUGAAUGGGUCUGAAGUGACUGAAUCACAAUUAAAAUGGCUUCCAGACCGUACUCCACAGCCUGCUGGCCUGCAGUCUCCUGACCAGCAGCAGCAGCCUCUGAGCUGGUUGGGAAGCUCCUCUUGGUGGCCUUUGUGGGAAGACCCAUAGGAGCUGCAUAGGAUGAGCACAGUCAAUUCUGAUUUUUUACCUCCUAUACCAAAAUCAAGAAAAGCCCAGGGAGGGGGGAUAAGAGAAACCUGAGGGGAGGAAUGUUCUAAACGUCCAAGGCAAAAAGCAUUGGGGAUUGAUAUGGCUGCCAGCGUUAUGGGGGACCCUUAGCCCAACGGUCACUCAGUUCUCUAAAAAUACUUGGCAACAGCCCCAGGAUUCCCUUAAGUUAGUAAAUACUUACCUCACAUAAAGGAGAAAUUGGAGGGCAACCUGGCAUCAGUGGUUGGCUGAUCUGCUUCAGGUGGACAUACAGGUUUUUACAGUGGUGAGUUUUGUUGACAUAUUAUCUUUUCAUGUUCUAAUUCAAUCCAUAAUCAAAGUGAGAAUUGCACAAGUCUUGGAUAUCCUGUGUGUUAACCAGGAUGGUCAUGGCAGAGCACUUCAUUCUAUUCUUCUUCCUUCCCUGUCCUCCAACCCCUAACACUUCAUUGACUCAAAAAUAUGAAUCUGUAUGAGAAAUGUUUUUUAUUUCCUUAGUAAAUUAAAAAUAACCCCAUUCAAUAAGCCAAUAAAUCACUUUGAGUACACAAGAUGAAUGGUAAAAUUAUUUCCUGAAAGUUUCAAUGACUAAAACUUUAGGCCUAAUUUUUUAGGCCUAUUUGCUGCCUUAGAUGAAUUUUCAAAAAAUCAAAUAUGUGGGGGGUAGGGAGGAAGAGAGGAAGAGGAACAAGAACUUACUUAUUAUCAGCCCAAGUGACCA